GUUGCUUUGUAGGCAUGUCACCUGCUAAGAAACGUGCAGUAAAGGGGAAAGAAAAGGAAAAAGUUCCAACACCUAAGCAAGAGAAAGAUGAUGCAGUAAAGGGGAAAGAAAAGGAAAAAGUUGCAACACCUAAGCGAGAGAAAGAUGGUGCUUCUCCUGUGCCUGGAAAGCCGGAUAAGAGGCAUCGUAGUAAUACUAAUCAUAUUCUUGCCAUCAUGGAUGCUGACAGUACAAGUGAAGAAAAACUGCAGAUGCUUGAUCCUCUGGGUUAUAGGGGUGUGUCGAGGGUUAAGCUUACGAGACUCCCGGAUAAUUUUACUGAAUGGCUUUGCAAAAGCUUUGAUGUGAGUUCAAGGUCUUUCCCGCUGCUUCGGUCAGGGAAGUUUAGAAUUGGAGAGGCAGAUGUGGAGAUAGUCUAUGGUUUGCCGCGUGGACCGUAUGCUGUUAAGCUGGAUAUGUUCAGUGCAGCCCAGAGGCACAGGUGGGGAAUUGAGUUAGGGCUUUCCAAUACUAGGAAAGGAAAGGCGUCAUUGGCAAACGUUAAACUGGCAUUGGAAGAGGAGAGGGACAAUAAGAAGUGGAGGGAUCUUUUUGUACUGUAUGCAAUGGAGGCAGUUCUGUGUCCCAGUGGAAAUUUGAAGAUUAACCUCUCCUAUGCUGGUUUUUUGCAAGAUGGAAUGGUUGCUGACUUCACCCAAUAUAAUUGGUGUAAGCAUGUGGCUGACCAUUUUAAUGACAGUAUGGUUGAAGUGGUUCAAUCAAAAUCAAAGUUCCCUGGUGACGUUCAUCUUCUUUUUAUUUCGAUUCUUGACCGUGUGAAGAACCCCCCUGAGCUGCCCAUACCGACCUGUAGGCAUAGGUCGUACAAAGUCGCAAGUGCUGCUUUUCAAGUACUGAUGGACGAAGGUCAUCUCACUAUUGGUCAUCGAGAUGUAGUGGUGGAAGAACAAACAACCUCCAGUCAACCAAUGGGACGAGGACGUGUGCAGGACUGCAGGGUUCAAAGAGGAAAAGGCCGGUAGAUGAUCUUGAUAUGGAGAGGGAAGGGGAUCUUCCGAAGCUUCCCUAUCUUGACCUCAACUUGGAUAGUAUUCAUUCGGUUGAAGAAGCAUAUCAGUUGAAGAAUGACAUGGAAAGUUAUAAGAGGGCUUUGUUGAGGAUGGCUACUCAUUACAGUUCGAGCAUUGAACAAGUUGAUGAUCAUAUAAAGAUGCUGGAGGGGCAGCAACCAGAGGAUAGUCCUGAAGAUAAUGUCGAUUUCACUGAUAGAGUUGAUGAUGUUGCUGUUGCUAGGGAACCAAUGAUGUCGGUCGCAAUGCAUCUGCUGCCAAUGCUGAUGAUGAGACUGGUGCUAACAGUCCAAAGUCCCCGGGUCUUGAUGAUUUGUCAAUGGAGAUGGAUAAGGAUGGUGCUCGACCUGGUACUGUUGAUGUUGUGUUGCCAGAUGUUGGUCACAAUGAUCCUGCUGGCACUGCUAAUGAUGAUACCUCUCCUAAGGGAGUAUUAGAUUCGGAGGGACUUGAUGAUCAUCUUGAUAAUCUGACAAUGGAGAUGACACAAAAAAGUGUUGAUUCUGAGAAUGCUAAGAAGGUAAUGAAGAUGGACAGCUGUGAGGAAAAGGGACAAGGUGAUGAUGGAGAUGACAAUGUUGAUGGUGUUGAUGCUGCUAAGUUGGAUAACUUGGUUGAUAAGGUCGUAAAGUCUGCUAUGGGGGAUGUUUGUGAAGAUGUGGUGGUUGAUGAGAAAAGGAAAGAAGCUGAUUCUGAGAAUGCUAAGAAGGUGAUGGAGAUGGACAGCUAUGAG